CUCAUUAUCUGGCUGGGACGUUCUACAUGUUGGGAAAAGAUGAACUGGCCCCAUUCCUGCAUCUCCUUUUGCUGGAUGUAUUUUGCCGCUUCUGGAAUCAGAGCCGUAGAGACCGCAAACGGAAAAUAUGCUCAGAAGCUGUUUAGCGAUCUUUUUGAAGACUACUCCAAUGCUCUGCGUCCAGUAGAAGACACGGACGCCGUGCUGAACGUCACACUGCAGGUCACACUCUCCCAGAUCAAGGACAUGGACGAGAGAAAUCAGAUUCUGACAGCCUAUCUGUGGAUCCGCCAAACCUGGCACGAUGCGUACCUCACAUGGGAUCGAGUCCAGUAUGACGGGCUGGACUCCAUCAGGAUUCCCAGCGAUCUGGUGUGGAGGCCGGACAUUGUCCUGUACAACAAGGCCGACGAUGAGUCUUCAGAGCCUGUGAACACCAACGUGGUCCUGCGGUAUGAUGGACUUAUCACCUGGGACUCACCAGCCAUCACCAAAAGCUCCUGUGUGGUGGACGUCACCUAUUUCCCCUUCGACAGCCAGCAGUGCAACCUGACCUUUGGUUCCUGGACCUACAAUGGGAACCAGGUGGACAUAUUCAAUGCCCUGGACAGUGGAGACCUCUCUGACUUCAUUGAAGAUGUGGAAUGGGAGGUCCACGGCAUGCCUGCUGUGAAGAACGUCAUCUCCUACGGUUGCUGCUCAGAGCCUUACCCAGAUGUGACCUUCACUCUCCUCCUGAAGAGGAGGUCCUCCUUCUACAUUGUCAACCUACUCAUCCCUUGUGUCCUCAUAUCGUUCCUUGCUCCACUGAGUUUCUAUCUCCCAGCAGCCUCUGGGGAGAAGGUCUCUCUGGGAGUGACCAUCCUAUUGGCCAUGACUGUGUUUCAGCUAAUGGUGGCAGAGAUCAUGCCAGCCUCAGAAAAUGUCCCUCUGAUAGGAAAAUACUACAUAGCCACCAUGGCCCUGAUCACAGCCUCCACAGCCCUUACCAUCAUGGUGAUGAAUAUCCACUUCUGCGGGGCGGAGGCCCGGCCAGUGCCACACUGGGCCAAGGUGGUCAUCCUGAAAUAUAUGUCCAGGAUCUUGUUCGUCUAUGAUGUGGGUGAGAGCUGCCUCAGCCCCCGCAAAAGCCAGGAGCCAGAACAAAUCACCAAGGUUUACAGCAAACUCCCAGGGUCCAACCUGAAGACAUCCAGAAACAAAGAUCUUUCCAGAAAGAAGGAAAUGAGCAAACUUUUAAAGAAUGACCUGGGGUACCAGGGUGGGAUCCCCCAGAACACUGACAGCUAUUGUGCACGCUAUGAAGCACUGACAAAAAAUAUUGAAUACAUUGCCAAGUGCCUCAAAGACCACAAGGCCACCAACUCCAAGGGCAGCGAGUGGAAGAAGGUGGCCAAAGUCAUAGACCGUUUCUUCAUGUGGAUUUUCUUUGCUAUGGUGCUCGUCAUGACCGUUUUGAUCAUAGCAAGAGCAGAUUAGGAGGAGAGAGGAGUGGGUUGGUAGGCAUUAGAUAUUUGGAGAAAAAUCGAUAACAUUCACCUGUGAUCUGCCCCAGUGUUUGAGUCCAGUUGCAGUUCAUACAUGAUUUAGGGGAUAGUUUAGGGUCCAGUAUGCUUUUAUUCUCAACUUCAAUCAAUAUCAUAGCUACAUGUUAGGCUAAAUGAGGAAGGAGAUGAAAACUUUCGCGGGUAAAGGGAGGAAGGGAGAAAGUGAGAAAGGAGCCUUGUCACAGGCUCCAUGAUGGGAGUGGUGGCCUUCAGUUUAUGUAAUUCGUUGUCUCUUUAUUAUUGCAGACAACAAAACACAGUGUGGUCCUGCUAAGAUUUAAAGCACGAAAAGACAAAACAAAGUCAUUCUGUCAG